AUGUAUGCAAAAUCUGAAUAUCAUGAUAUUUCAUAACAGCAUGAAUAAAUAGAAGAAAUAAGUUAAGAUAAUUAGACAUAUAUAAUUAAAAGCUUAGAUAUAGAAUCAAAUUUAGUUGCUAAGGCUGAAGAUGUUAUUAAAAGGUAAAAAAAGUAGAACACAUUUUUAUGGCUGACUAUUGGGUUUUCAGCUGUUUUUCACUUAGUUUUCCUUUUCAGUGUAUUUGAUGUUUACAUUUAAGCUUGGAAACCUUUAGGAAUGACGCCUAUUGAAUCAUUAAAUAAAAGCCGCUUUGCUAAAAGGGUAGUCAUAUUCUAAUACGAUGGAGGCCGUGCUGACAUAAUUUAUGGACUACAAAACAAAUCCUACGAACCAGAAAUAGGCAAGCCAAGAGUACCUCUUAUCCAUAACCGUAUUAAAGAAGGAAAAGCUAAUUUUGGUAUUUAACAUGCAAUAGUUCCUACAGAGUCUAGAGUUUGUGUUUAAAAUAUGAUGGGAGGUUACUAAGAGGAUAUGACAGCUAUUUUAAGUGGUUGGACUUCUCCUGGUCCUUUAAAAUAUGAUAAACUUUUUAACUAUGUCUAGGCUGGAUUAUUUUUUGGUCCUGAGCUUUUGCACAAUAUUUUUGAAAGCUCGAGGUGCCCUUCUUGCGUAAGAGCUGACAUUUAUCCAGAUUCAGCAGUAAAUUAUAAUGAUCAUAAAUAGGCCAGUACAUUUGAUUAGCUAAUUUAUUAAAAAGUUACAAGACUAUUCAAUAAUGGUACUAUGGAGAAAGGCGAAGUUCCUCAUAAACUACUUAAAGAAUAUGUUACUCUUAAAGAAGAUUAGCAAAAGCUAUAAUCAGAAUAAUUAUUAAUCUAUAUGAAUUGGAUUUCAUCUGAUGCUAUAGGACCAGCAUUCAAGCCUAUUAACAAAGAGUAUCAUCAAUCAAUUCUUACUACUGGCAAGCUAAUAGAAAAAGUAGAAGAAAAAAUUAGAAAUUAUUACAAAGACGACGGAGAAACUGUAUUUAUUUUAUUAUCAGAUCAUGGCAUGGCAGACAAUGGAGCCCAUGGUGAUGGUAAUCCUUAAAAUACUUUUACACCAUUUGUUAUCUGGGGAGCAAGUAUUAAACCUGCUGAAAAUGAGCUCGAUCCUGAAAACCCUGAGACUCAUGAUGAAUUUUCCAAAAAGUGGGGUCUUACUAUGAAAAAAAGAGUUGAUAUUGAUUAAAACUAGCUACCAAGCUUAAUAUCAGUUUUAUUAGGAAUCCCUAUUCCUACUAAUAACGAAGGAGUCCUACCUUUGCAUGUAUUAAACAUCAACGAUCUGUAAAAGGCAUAUGCAUUAAUAUAAAACGCUUUCUAGUUAUAAAAAAUUUAUGAGAAAAUAUAGCAACUAGUUUAAUCAAAGCAAAAGUGGUUUUUUACUGAAUACAAAUAUUCUCCCUAAUAUGUUUUUGAUAGUCUUACUUAAUUAAAGCAAUAAGUAGAUAAGUUAGAAACAGUUACUGAUAAUGGCAAAUUCACAUCUGAAUAAUAAAAGGAAGAGCUUAAAAAAAUAAUUUCUGACACUUAUGAUGAAUUAGAUAAUAUAAAAAAUGGCAUUGUCUAUUUAAAAUUAUAUUAAAAAUAAAUCCUUUAAGCUGUUGUUGGUACAGGAUAUGCUAGUUUUAUGUUGCUGUGCUUAAUAGCAGUAUUUAGAUAUAAUAAUACAUCUGAAGAGAUUGAAUCUAAGAUUAUCACAUAAAAUAAAAUUCCAUUCUAUAAGAAUGUUUGCUUAAUACUAGUAAUACUGUUUGGUUUGUUUUCCCUCAUUUAUUUAAAUUUAACUGAGUCUAAACUAGUGUAUUACGCUUACUUUGGCUUACCACUUUAUUUCUUGUAUUAAUUCUAUUAAUAGAGAUCAUUCUUGAAUCAAGGUUGGGAUUUCGGUAUUUUGAAAUAAGUUGCUUGCUAUAUUCUUAUAGCUAUAGCUGGUCAAUGCCUUAUGUAUUCUUUUUACGAGAGAUAAUUUAUUGGUUACAACUUUAUUGCAGUUUCUAUUUUUAGCUUGAUACAUGCUAAAUAUUCUUUUGGAAAAAUAUCAAACAAAACUAUUGCAUGGAGUAUCUUAUGCCUUAUGAUAUCAGUAUUCCCAAUUCUUCCCCCAAUUUCAAUAGCAAAUGAUAUUUGGUAUGCUAUUGGUUUUGCUGCAAUAUCGAUCACUGUAUUCUACUUUUCAUUUUUUUAUUUUAAGUAGGAAUUAGAAAAAAGUGUAAAAGUUAUGACUGUUCUGACUUUAUACUGUGGAGGUAUAUCUUUAUAUUUGAGAACUGUUUCAUCUUCUACUGUACCAUAUUUAGUAUUUGGUAUUAAUUGGGUUAUUUUAUUUUCUCUGAUAGGAAGUGUAUGCUUUUUAAAUUUACAUAAAAACUCAGAUUCUAAUCUAAGACUAUAUUCAUUAGUCGUAGUAAUGUGCAAUCUCUCACUCUUAUUUGGAAUUUCCUACGAUAAUUUGUUUUACAUUAUAUUCGCAUGCCUUCUUAAAGCAUGGAUUGAACAUGAAAAAGAAAUAUCAGUUCUCUUCCAAACAGAUAAAAUAGUUCCAUACCAUUUUUAUUUAUUAUUCAAAUUUAUCCUACUUAUGAAUAUAUCUUUCUUUGGUAUUUAGGAUAUAGUUAGUUUAGGAAGCUUCAAUUAUGAAUCUGUAACUAGAUUCUUAGCUAACCUAAAUGAAGUCGUUACAUUAGCUUUAAUGGUAUUCAACCUUGCAUUCCCUUUCUUAUGUGGUUCUUCUGCUUUUGUUAUAAUUUGCAGAUCAGCAUAUCAAAAACUAAAAUCUGUUGGCUUAUUUAUAAUUAGCUUAAUUUAUGCAGAAAUAAUGACAAUUAAUUUCUUUUUAAUGGUCAAAACUGAAGGAUCAUGGCAAACAAAAGGAACUAGUGUUGCUCGUUUUGUAUUAAGUAGUAUGCUAGUAUUUUUAUAUACACUACUAUUUUUCAUUGCUCAUUAUCUCUUCAAAUUUACAAAAAUUCAAUAAGUUUGA